UACAUUGUUUAAUCAUCGUAGUUAUUUCAAUUCUGAUUGUUGACUUUUCAUAACUGUCGAUCGCUAUUGUUCGAAAUCAUCGGCGAGAUGUCGUUUAACGCGAGUUUUAAAAUUUUCCUGUUUUUGGGAUGUUACCUGCUCGGAUUUGUCGAAUUGAAACCGGUCGCUAAAUGGGAUUCAAAUGCUGCAGAACCUCUCAUCUUGGUGAGAUUGAAACGUACGCCGAGUCGAGCAUUCACAUUCAGCGGUUUUAAUCCGAGCACCGGCUUAUCAGCAUUUGCCACCAGCGCCGAUUUCCUUCCAUCUUCGUACUACAGAUACGUACCAUUGCCUGCAUCACCUCCAUCGCCUCCUUCGCCGCCAUCGUCCAAUUAUGCAGCUCCAGUACCGCAACAACAAGGACAAGGACACGAAGACACCUCGUAUUUACCGUCCGGCGAAAGCGAUUCGUCUUACGAUUACGCACCGAGCGUUGAAUUUCCUUCGUCGUCGUUAAACGUUGGCGAAGACGAUCGAAAAAUUCCUGCCCCUUCGCAAAAUCUAACACCACCUGCAUCUGAAAGCACACCUGUGACCGGAUACGGUUCGAAUGCGAUUCCGAUUCCACCAACGCCAGCGAAGAAACCUAAAAAGAAACCAAAUCGUGUAAAUCCGGCUCCGACUCCGAUCGACGAAGAAGAAGAAGAUGCUGAAGAAAACGUUGGUAAAUCAAGAAGCAGCUCGUCGGCUUCGUUUAACGCUUGGUUCCCGAUUGUGCUCGGCUCGUAUCCAUCUAGACCGAAUCCUGAAUCGUUUAAAGAAGCUGAAGGUAAUAGCUCACCGUUGAAGGAAAGACAAGGGUCGACUGUGAUUGCCAACAGUGUUAGUAAUGGUAGAAGUGGAGUUGCCAGCAGUCACGCCGUCCUGUAUGGGGGUGAAGCUCCUGUGCAAAACUAUCGUAGAGGCUGAAAGCAAGCUAGUUCAAAUUUACCAAAAUAUUAAUUUUAAAAUAGGUAUUUUUUAUUGCUACAGAAUAGACGAAUGAUAGUAAUUCGUAGAUAUUUUGUAAUGCCAAAGAUUUUCAUUUUUUUUGUAAUCUUUAUUAGAUAAAAGAUUUACCUACCUAGUUAAUAUAAAUAUUUUUCCAUAUCUCAACGAACGUUGGAAUUUUUCAAAAUGAAAGCAAAGUCGGUAUAUUAGAGGUAGUUUUCCAUCAUCUUCACCAACUGUAAUCGAUUAUUUAUGGGCUAAUUAUGGAUAUAGAAAUAUGUCCCAUCGUUCACAGCUGAAAAAAAGUUGAAAUUAUUUCAAUAUGAUAUGAGACCUUCGUUAUUAUGAUAAUUAGUACGAAUCAAAAUUCCACGUGUGGUCUUUGCACGUACAUAGCUAUUUUUAGAGGAAAGUUUCAAAUCAGCCAAAUUUCUUUUUUAUAAUUUCUCGUGUUCAUUUCUGUUCCAAUUUACCUAGCUACCACUUUUUUUUCGUACCUAAUCUAAGAUACUUUUAUAUGGAUCUUUUCUCAUCUAAUUUAUAGCUUAACUAUACCUGCUUUGCUUAGAGUAUACUUACAUAUGUAUAUGUAUCUAUUCAUUCAAUUGAUUGUGUUACCUGUUCGAUUAAUUACACCUUCUUAUAUUGA